AAAAAUUUCGAAUUUAAAGUUGCUCUCUGUAGUACGUAGGUUGGUCGUAACUGGGCGCUGUAGCUUUAAAAGACCGCAGUGCCGUUUGGGUAAUAUGUGGUAUGUGUUUUGAGCAACGAAUGCACAGAUGGUCGCUUUUCCCAUGGACAUAUGAGCUUCAAAAUACUAUGUAUGUAGCAUAAUUUUAAUCUAUAUGUGGCGGUGCGAUGUUAGCUUUUACCUGUUUUAAUAAAAACCGCCACAAAGUGGAGAAAUUGGUAUUUAUUGCCUCCAGCAUAUGUGCAAAUAAGAUAGGCUACGUUGCUAAAUUAGCUUCCGAAACGGAAAGAAUUACACUUUCACUAAAGCUGUUAACGUACAGUUUAAUUAACCACCUCGUAGGAUGAAGGGGCUAUGUCUUUAAUGUUGUAAUGCAUAAUAUUAGUAUUUAUAAUCCCUAUCUGGUUUGUUAAACUAAUAUUAUAGGCUGUCCUUUGUUUUCAAUCGCAACACUGUAUUGAUUGGUUGACUAGAAAGAUCGGGAAGCAGAAAUAAGAAAAACAAAAACAUGGAUGAAAGUGCCGAAAAUGUUGACAAUGACGACAUUGUCAUCAUCGUUGAAAACGAAGCUGAAAGUUUGCCAGUCGAGGAGGAGAGGCUGAAACAGCAAGGCACCUUCGGGCUCAUGGACACAUGUCCCAUUUGCAAGUUAAGCUUCCACAACAGAGAGCCCAAACUCCUGCCGUGUCUUCACUCCUUCUGCAAGAGAUGUCUGCCUUCCCCUUUCAGAAGUGCUGACCCGAGGCGUGACUCGCAAGGUCAAGUCGACAACAAACCAUUGGGUGCCAUUCGAUGUCCAGUAUGCAGACAGGAAUGCUGGGAAAUGGACGUGCUAGAUAAUUUCUUUGUCAAGGACUCUGCGGAGGUGCCAAGCAGCACCGUGGAGAAAACCAGCCAGGUGUGUAUGAGCUGCGAUGACAACACAGAAGCAACAGGUUACUGCGUGGAGUGUGUGGAGUUUCUGUGUGUGACAUGUAUUGAGGCACACCAAAGGGUCAAGUUCACCAGGGAUCACACCAUACGCCAGAAGGAGGAGAUGUCUCCAGAAGCAGUAGGUAUUUCCACACAGAGGCCUGUGUUUUGUGACAUCCACAAGCAGGAGCCACUGAAGCUGUUUUGUGAAACUUGUGACCGACUCACCUGUCGGGACUGUCAGCUGCUUAAGCACAAGGAUCACAACUACCAGUUUUUGGAGGAUGCAUACAGAAACCACAGGCAGUAUCUGGAGAACAUGACGCAACAGUUACAAGAGAAAAGAAAGGCCAUCGAGGAAGUUUCCAGCUGUAUCAGCACUGGACUUCAACAAGUCGAAGAAAACCGAAAGGCGGUAACUAAUGAAAUAAAGAAGUCCAUCUGUAAUUUGAUUAUGGAGAUCAACAGGAAGGGGAAGAUUCUGGUUAACCAGCUUGAGGGUUUAACUAAGGACCAUGAGUUGAGUUUGAAAAAGCAGCAGGAGGACGUCAACUCUCUGAGUAGGCACCUAGACCAUGUGAUUAGCUUCACCAAAUGGGCUACAGCCAGCCAUAGUGGAACAGCCCUCCUGUACUGCAAGAGACUGAUCCUUUUCCAGAUCCAUUACUUGAUGAGAGCAAGCUGUAAUCCCUCCAUCGUCCCUCAGAGUUCUGUUCGCUUCCAGUGUCGCUCAGGUUUCUGGGCCACAAAUGUAGACCUCGGUUCUCUAGUAGUGGAAAGGGGCCCGGGGCGGCCACCUAUCCCCAACCACCAAGCUGUUCCAAGAGCAGAGGCACCUGCUGGAGGUCUGUCAGUGUCAGCUCAGCAGCGACAGAGCACGCUGGCUCAGCUCCAGAUGCAGGUUGACAAGCUUUCCCAACAGCCCCACAGACAGCCCCCUCCCAACCACUGGUCCUGGUACCAGAAUGUCAGGCUCCCAGGACCCCCCGGCCCUCCACCCCCAACCAGGCCCAUCCAUGGAGGGACCUCCCCCUCCCAGGGACCCCCCAGCUUGGCACAGCAAGGACGCAGGUAUGGGAGUUCCCACCCCAACCCCAGAAGCCCCACCUCCUCCAUCCUUCACAACACAGGAUUCCCACCUGCUCAGUCUCUGAGAGAUCUGAUCCAUAGCUCCAGCUUCCCUCCUAAACCCAUGGAUGUGUUGCAGGGGACUUCCCGCUACCCACAGCCUUUGUCUGCCGGAGCAGCUACACAGACCUCACUACACCAGAGGGGUCUACCAGAGUCCCCCUUCCUGAAAAGGAGUGAAACUAGCGGAACUGUUCCCUCCAUCACCAUCUCUAUCCCCAAACCCAGCUACGCUCCAAAUCCAGCCUCAGCAACCACAGACAAAACAACCACACUUAAUCACAUAACAGUUCAAGGAAGGCAGAGCUCCCCGAUGGCCAAACCAUCUUCUUCAGACAGAAGCACAGGGACAUCUUCCUGGAAGCAGACUUCUGAUCCGCCAUCUGCCCCCUCAGCCAAGCGACGAAGAAGGUCGUCCCCAGGGCCCAUUAUUGUCAUCAAGGAUGAACCAGAGGAUGAGGAUGAAGUUCAUUUUGUGCAGUCCAGUAUAGGGUCCAGCCUGCCAGACAGCAGCACCGGGGCUCAGUCAAAGCCCCGGCAGCAGCAGAAGGUGUCUUUUCCAGUCCCAAUCCCAGGAUCAGAGUCCAAGGCUGGGAAAGAGCAGCGUCCACAGCCCACAACACAGCCAGAGUCUGAAAAGAGACUGGAGCUGGAGGAAGAUCCUAAUGAAGACUGGUGUGCCGUCUGUCAGAAUGGAGGAGAGCUGCUCUGUUGCGACAAGUGUCCCAAAGUUUUCCAUCUGUCCUGCCACAUCCCCACGCUGAAUGAGUCCCCCAGUGGCGAGUGGUUCUGUUCGUUCUGCCGAGACCUCGUCUCACCUGAGAUGGAGUACAACUGUGACAACAAGGAUGACGCUGUCUCUGAAACAUUCCCACCUGUUGAUAGAAGGAGGUGUGAGAGGCUGCUAAUGCGUCUGUUCUGCAAUGACUUCAGCACAGACUUCCAGCAGCUUGCUUCUCCAUCGGAGACAAGAAGGUACAAAGAGCUGAUCAAGACCCCGAUGGAUUUGUCAAUAGUGAAGAGGAAACUAGGGUCAAAGUCGAAGGAUGGUGAAUGUUAUAGUAGUCCAGAGGGAUUUGUCGCAGACGUUAGGCUCAUAUUUUUCAACUGUGCAAAGUACUACAAGGCGACCUCAGAGGUAGGGAGUGCAGGCUUGUACCUGGAGGACUACUUUGAGGAACAGCUGAAGCUAGUCUACCCGGAUAAAUUAUUCCCCGGUGGGAGGGAAGAGCAGAUGAUUCCUCCUUUAGAGGAUGAGAUAGACGAAGAAGAGGAAGAGAUGAUGGAGGAAGGUACACUACCCACUAAAGACAAUAAACCACAAAGUCCUGCCGGAAAAGGAAUCCCCCCUGUAGAUGAAGAUUCGGCCCCUCUGGAAGAAGCUCCAGCCCAAGCAGAGGAAAAAAAGUCAGAAACAGAGGAGAAGGCGACUGACACAAGUGAAAAGGAGAUGGAGGAAAAGGUAGCAGCUACUGAGGAAGGCACGCCUCCUGCAGAGGUGGUAAAGCAGGAUGAGAAAACUCCUGUAAUGGAGGUGAAAAGCUCUGCCGCUGCUGCUACUGAAAAAAAAGGCGGAGUAGCUCCCGGCUCGCCAAAAGAGGAGGACCUUGAGCUCCCAACAGACAAGACUGCAGAUCCAACCGAAACCAAGGAGAAGGAGGCGGCUCCUGCAGCCAAAGAGGAGGAGGGAUAAAUGUAUUACAAUAGAGAGAAACUGUAGAAGAGAUGGAUGAUUUCAGUCUUCCACGGAAUUGGCCCCAGUGGGGACCUACAUUUGCUGCAAUGAGACAAUUUUUGUACUAUGUUAUAUCUGCAAUAGGAAAAAAGGGUACUGCUGUACUAAACAGAUUUAUUUAGUAGCAGUAAUGCUGUAGGUGCACAUUGAAGGGAGUAAAUAAGCUCUUUUUUGCAUUUUUGCUGGACAUAGGUUACAAGUUUACUGUAACAUAGGUCAUCCUCUGUGGUGAUGACACUCAGAAGCACACAAAAGAUAUUCUUUGUUGAUAGGAUCAUGUGUAAAUUAUCAUCAGUUACAUUGCUUAUCACUUGUACAUAACAAUGCCAUGAAUUGAAGGCAAAGAUGCUGCAAUCAAAAUAAGAAAAAAGACUUUGAUUAGUAAUGCAUGCAAGAUGUCUUAAUAUAAAGAAUAAUGCCUCCAUUUUUGUGUUUAAAGACUUAAGCUCACUUGUACUAGCCAUUUGGCUUAUUAACAAAUUGUUUUGUUGCAGUGGUAUUAUUUUUUAUUUUAUUAGUAUUGUAAUAAUGCAAAAAAUAGGACCGCUGUAUGUACUAUAGUUUGUGAACAGAAGGAAGUGGCACAUAUAUCAGUGCGACAUUGAUUUAAACAAUCCCUUGAAAAACCUGGUAUUGUUGUUUGAGAACAAAAAUGAAUUGCCACUAUCAUGGUUUAAUUCCUAUUUUGCCAGUUUGAGGCCUCUUAUCCCCCAAAUCGCAGUGAUCAUUUAUCAUAGAGCCGCCUUGUUGGUUUUUAUCAAGAGAAUGUUUCUUCACAGACUUUGUUUAUUUAAAUGUAAUCAGUCAGAGAUAGUUCAGAGACAUUAUUAUCACUUUCUCGUUAUGAGCCUCUGACAACGAUGUGUUUUCCCCAACUUUGUCCUUGCCCUUCUGCAUCAUGAUUACUCUCACGUAAUGUUAGGCAAGAACCUUACGGUUUUAAUCAGUUUCCUCACUGACAAAAUGAAAAAUGCAUGAAAUUACACACAUUUGGCAAUUAAAAAAAAAAAAGAUCAUUUUUGACAGACACUUCUGUUUACUAAACCCUCCUGUAUGGUAUGUGAGUCAAAAACUGACACUUCAAAUUGAAAUAGAUUUUUUUUUUUUAUCCAAUAUCAUCACUUUAUUUCAAAUUGAGGCUGCAUAGGACCUGUAAAUGAAAUCUACAAACAAUGUCAAGCAUUAAAACACCUGCAUUUACAAUAUUUGUAAUAAACAGUGUUACAUGUAGAUCUGACUGGUGCUUUGCCCCAACUAUUGUCAUCCU